CUUCCGUUUCCGAUGUUGGUUGCCUCGCUCGUACACUGUAGUCGGCUAAUGAAAUGAGAGGGAUAACGAUGAGAGAGCCGACAAGUUGCCACGGAAGGAAUAACAGUUAUUAAGGAGAUGUGUAAUGAAACUGACUGACCAGUAGAGUUUAGGGCCAACAGCGCAGUCAGCCAUGGCAAUGACGAAGGUGAAGGGGCUGCAGAUGUGGUGUCAGCGCCGCGUUGAGGGAUACCGGGACGUCAACGUCGUCGACAUGACCAAGUCUUGGAAAAGUGGCCUGGCCUUCUGUGCACUUAUACACAAGUUCAGACCAGACCUAAUUGACUAUGAUUCCCUGUCCAAGGAAAAUAUCUUCGAGAACAAUGAUCUGGCAUUUGAGGUUGCGGAGCGUGAGUUGGGGAUCCCGGCAUUGUUGGAAGCGCAGGACAUGGUUGACAUCCGUGUUCCAGACAAGCUGAGCGUUGUCACCUACGUGUCCCAGUACUACAACUUCUUCAAGGAUGCUCCGCAGAUAGGUGGACCAGGUGUGACAGCCAAGCAGACGUCAAGCAGUUCACACAAGAGAUCCCCUGCUGUUCAACCAGUCACUGGGCCAGAAAUCAAGCGGUUUGCUCCAGCCAAUGAUAGGAAUGUGGAAUCCGCAGCAUCAAAGAAAAGCGAUGACACCAAGAAGACCAGUACUCUAGGAGAUAAAUGUGUGAUCUGCAACAACAAAGUUUAUUUGUUGGAACGACAGAUUGAAAAUGGCAAACUGUACCACAGAUCCUGUUUCCGCCAUAGUGAGCUAUCCCCGACUGCCAAGGUUUUUAAAUCAUCUCUUACCUCACCUUCAGACGACUUUGCCAGUAAAGCGAAGGUGCGUAAAACUGAUGAGAAUCCAUCGUGGGUGAAGUCAAAUGGACUGAAGCAUGUGGAACCGUCGCAGAACAGUAAAAGUGAUCCAAGUAAGUCCUUGUUUUCAUCUGAUGCAAGAUCACAGCCAACAGCUGCAGCUGGAAGUUCAUCAUCAAAACCUGAUCCAUUGUUGGAGCGGCUGAAAAGCAGGAUGGAAGUCGACAAGAAAGAAAGUGAUGUUCCGAAGUAUAAGCAAAAUCGUCCUCUCAUUUUACAAACGGCCGCAAAAGAGCCUGAUGAUAGUAAGAAAGCCGAGCCUCCCACACCAACAUUCAAUGCAAAGAAGUUUGACAAACAUGAAUUUGGUUUUCUUUCAAAGAAUAAAGAAUCAAAUACAAAGGCUGAAGAAUCAAAACCCAAAGAAACAAAGUCAGGGUUCCUUUCCUCUAAAACGGAACCUUCUAAGCCCACAGAGACAAGUAGUAAGGCAGCCUUUCCUGUGCCAAAGUCAAGGAAUUUAGGCCUUAAGGAAACUACAAAAGUUGAAAAAAUGGACACAUCUGAACCUUUUGGAGCAAAAUUAAAACAUGUGUCUCCAACACCUGUUAAGAAGACAUUUGAUAAAAAGAAUGAUAAGUCCCACAAACCUGACCAGGUGAAACACAAAUCACCAUUGUUUGGGAAAAAGUUGUUGUUAUCCAAUGAUAAAUCUCAUGCCAAAGAUAAGGUGACCACACCCGACUCUCCCCCUCCUCCCCUCCCAACGUCACAACCCCCACUGCACUCGCCACAAAGUACACCCCACAUACAGAGGCUGCUCCACCCAUCCCCUCAUCCAUGCCCCCAUCCUCCUAUAAAUCAACUCACAGUACAGUCAACCUAUCCACCACUACCACCACCUCCUCCACCAAACACAAACAAGGUGGGCAUCCUCAAAACCACCACCACAACCAAUGCUCCAAAGAGCACCACGACUAAUGUUUUGAAAGGCACCACCACCACCGCUGUAAGUGUCACGACCUCAACCAGUGUAGCACCUCUUAAACCCCCCAGGUUAUACGGAGCCGAUGGUAGAUCUGAGAGCCCGAUGGAUGUGGACGAGGCGUUACAUAAAGCCUCGCAUCCAAGACCAGGGUCUGAACCAGUUGCGGUGUUAGUCAGCCCCACUGAGAAGAACCCGGUUCAGGAAAAGAGGGUUUUAGGUGGACUGUUAGCAAGUCUAGCUAAUGUUCGACAAAGUAAAACAGACGAUGUGACAUCACCAACAGACAAAUCAUCACAUAACAUGCCCUCUGUUGCUAAGUCAACUACAGAGUUGAGGACGGAGACAACUUCAAAUAGACCAAAGAGUGAAUCUGCUCUUCCAAAAUCUAAAGUUGAAUUGAGUGUUGCAAAAACAAAAGUUGUGGCUGAUGUGUCCAAGAAGAAGGAAACUGCUAGGGACAAGAAAAGUAAGUCCCCUUUUUCAUUUGUGUCGGAUAAAAUAGGAAUUUUCAAAAAGGAUGACAAAAAGGAGAGUGACAGCAUAAUAUUAAAAGGUGAACAGACUUCUAAAGUCACAGACUCUUCUUCAAGCAAAACAAGUGCAAUAUCUUCUGGUGUAAAUUUGACAACUGGUGCUGAGAAGGUAAAAAGUAAGGACACAAGUAAGUCAAAACAAGAGGAGAGUGUGCCAAGUUGGAAGAAGGAUACAGGUUUGAAGGAUCAGAAAUCAAACGGGAACAAUUUGCUGCUGGACAGUAAUGUUCCAAGCAAAAACUCUGAUAAUAUACGAUCUUGGAAAACAACUGAUCAUUCAAAGACAAGAGGAUCUGAUCUGCUGCAGGAUAGCAAGUCAGAACAGAAGUCAAAGCUGGAAGCAUCAGACCAAGUUCCGGCAUGGAAACAGAGAAUGCAAGAUAAAGGUCAGCAUAAAUCAGAUCAGCUGCUGGACAGUAACACAACACACAAGUCUGAGCCUGUUGCUGAUGAUGACACACCUCAAUGGAUGAAGGCUUUAGAGAAACGAAAAGCUGAAAAGGCAAGGCCAAAGUCAGUUGAUGUUUUGUUAGAAGAGUCUGCCUCUAAGAAACAGGGCAAAUCUGAUCAAGUGGAAUUGAGACUAAAGCCUAAAGAUGAGCAAGGCUCCCCAGGUGUUAAAGAAAGAGCAAAGUCAGCAAGUAUAUUGGAUGAUUCCACAGAGAAGCCUUCAUGGCAACUGGAAGCACAGAGACGAUUGGCUCACAAUAAGCAAGCAUUCAUUGAUCCAGAAAAAGGCAAGGCUGUAAAUUCAGAUUCAGCUGACUCUAAACCAGCACAAACAGCUCCUCAGAAGAAGCCGAGGACAUCCAACCUAAUAGGUGACACUCCCAUACGACCGCCAAGGCUAAAGAUUUCACCCAAAGCAGCGAGUCCUCCCCCUAGUCCCAAAGCCCCUGUCAGACAGCUCAAAAAGAUCUCAAUUGGACCAGGGUUUGAGUUGAACUCCAUGGAGGAGAACAAGGAGCCGCCAUCACCAGUGAAGACUCCACCUCAACGUCCCCCAGCACCAAAGGGAAGUCCUUCUAAGACCGUCAGUCCAGGCCGAAUGUCUCCUGCCAUAAUCCAGCGUCAGCUUGAUGACAUUGACAAGAAACUGAAUAACCUGGAAAUGAGAGGACGAGAUUUGGAGGACUCAAUCCGAAAUGUGGAUACUACAGAGGAGGAAGAUGAUAUGAUGAUUGAAUGGUUCAAACUCAUCAACUCCAAGAACGAGCUGGUUCGCAAAGAGGCUGACCUUAUAUACAUAUCCAAACAGCAGGAUCUGGAGGAUGAACAGGAAGACAUCGAUGAAAUGCUGAAUUUUCUUGUGGCGAUACCAGAAUUGGAGAAGACUAAAAGUCAGAAGAAGAGGGUAGAUGAUCUUAUAGAGAAGAAGCUGGAUAUUGUCAACCGCCGCAGCAGCAUAGUCGACUGUAUCGAUGAAGACAGGAUCAGAUAUGAAGAAGAAGAUAAAGAUAUUGCCAUCAUGUUGGAAGCAAAAGUGCGGAGAAGCAGACAAAGGCACAUGCGCCAAGGCUAUGUUCAAGGUUGGAUUCAGAGGUGGUGGGCAUUCGUACGUGCCCAUAUAUGCCGUCAGUGGAUUUAGGAUUUUCCAAGGCCCACAAAGGGAAUCAAGAGAAGAAAACAAAGUCCAGUGGUUUUACUCUGUAUUACUGAUGUGGCAGUAUCUCCCACCUGGUGG